AUGGCAGACGCCUCAAUGGUUGAAGAGAUAUUUGAACAGGAUGUGUUUGUCUUCUUGGAGAAGACAGUGGAUAAGGAUGAACAUGAUAAACUGUUGGACAAAAUAUCAGAGUUGGGUGGAACUGUUGUUGCAACAAGAUCAAUCAAUAAGAAGACAACAUUGGUCGUUUGCAAUGAUAGCAGUUUGACUGCUGACAUCACAAAGGCUGAGACACUCAAUAUACCAAUCGUCAAGAAGGAGUUCAUCAUCGAGUCUGUCAAACAAGCAAAGAGAUUGAACCCAUCCGACUAUCUACUAGCAUCCACAUCAACAUCUACUACAUCUACUGAUGACAAGAAGAGAAAAGACACUGAUGAUGGUAAUGCAGAUGACAAUGCAGCAGCAACAAAGAAGGCAAAGUUGGAUAUAUUGAAGAACUUUGAACCUGGCUGUGUAUGGUGUGGAACAUGCGUGGACCAUGACGAGACAUAUCCUCUAUUCUUGAGGAUACUAAAGAUUGAUGAGAAGGAUGAGACGAUAUUGGGCGAGACAGAGUGGCCAAUGCUCAAUGCCAAGGCAAAGUUCAAAGCCACACUAAAGGACAACGAGUUCAACUGGGAGGAGUACGAGGAGAUUGGUGACGGCGAUCAGCUCAACAUCCCCAGCACCUAUCAGGCCAAGUUCGCCAUGUCCAGCAGCAACAAGCCAACGCUCGACGGCAAGACCACACAUGACGACACCAACGUCAGCACCAUCAAGAUGACGAUGACCAAGCGAGAGAAGAUCGUGCUGUUGCCCUUCCUGGUCGUGGGCAAGGAGUUUGAGGGCAACCUCGUGCAGGACUUUGCGCUCAGUCUCAAGGUCACAGGCCGCAAGACAGAGAAGAGCGUCGAGGGCACCAUCGACUGGGUUGACUUUAGCACCAAGACCAAGUUCAAGGGCACCGUCGACAAGGACACCAUCAACUUCACAGAGUACGAGGUGGUCUCUGGUGAUGGCGUCGAGUUGCCAUGCAACUACGUUGGCAAGCUUACCGGACCUUCUGGUUCAAUCGACAAACAGCUUUCAGGCGACUACAAGCUGGAUAGUGGAAUUGGAGGCAAGUUCACAUUGAACAAAUAA